AAAACAAACACACCCGAGUUGAAACAGUCGGGCCAACCGGGAUCAGGAGCUGCCGACAACUCGUCUCUGUCGAAGAGCUCGUCCACGUUACACAGAACCUGAGAGGAGAGGAAGCGGCCGACGAAACAUCAGACAGAUGAUCAAGCAGCAGAACAAAGAGGAUCAUGUGGAAAAUGUGCCAGAGGGGAGGGGCAGGAGAGUCAGACCCAGGCUCUGGCUUCAGUUGUUGCAGACUUUCAUCAGAGCAGGUGCAGUGGCAGCAGCAGCGGCAGCAGCAGCUCCUGGGGUAUAUGAUCUCUUCCAGCUCUGCAAAGCCAGAGGCGACUACCGAGACUCAGGAAUGAUUCUGCAACAGUGACCCCCAGGUUCUAUGGCUCAGCGAAGAGGGGCGUUCUCUACCGAGUCACCUUUGCUUAAAGAUGACUGUAUGAGGAGAGACGAAAUGGCUUCCACGGGGACAGGCCUCCAAGCGGAUGAAGACAUUCAGUCCAUGCUUGUGGGCACAGUGAUGAGGAAAAUCAAGUCUCGUGCCUGGAAGAAGCAGCGUUACUUUAAACUGGAGGACGACUGCAUGACCAUUUGGUACAAGUCGAAGAAAGCUGGCAAUGACCGUUCUACAUUCUCUGUCUUGGACGUGGAAGCUAUAAGAGAAGGCCACCAGUCAGAAGUCCUCCUCAGCACCGCCGAUGAGUUUCCGGCUGAACGAUGCUUUACAUUGGUCUUCCGUGGCCGCAGGGGGAACCUGGAUCUAGUAGCUGAGUCAGCAGAGGAGGCCGAGUCCUGGAUCAGGGGCUUAAGAAAACUGAUAGAGAAUGUGGAGAACAUGGAUGAGCAAGAAAAACUUGACCAAUGGAUAAGCGACUGGUUCAAAAAGGCAGACAAGAACAAUGACGGCAGGAUGAACUUCAAGGAAGUGCAAGAUUUACUGAAGAUGAUGAACGUGGACAUGAAUGAGCACCAUGCGCUACGUCUCUUCACUAUGGCUGAUAAAUCCCAAUCGAGGACACUAGAAGAUGACGAGUUUGUGCAUUUCUACAAGAUGUUAACACAGCGGGAGGAUGUACUUAGAGUUUUCCAGAAGUACUCGUCCGAUGGCCAAAAGCUGUCCCUCAGUGAUUUGGAAGACUUCCUGCGAGAAGAGCAGCUGGAGGGAGGCAACCUGCAGCAGCGAGCCAAGCAGCUCAUCGAACGCUACGAACCGUCAGACAGAGCAAAGCUUCUAAAUGCCAUGUCAUUUGAUGGCGUCUUGAUGUACCUUGGCUCAGCUGAGGGAUCUGUAUUCAACCCACAACAAAGAGGUGUUUACCAGGACAUGAGCCAGCCACUGUGCCACUACUUCAUCUCUUCUUCUCACAACACCUACCUAAUGGAGGACCAGCUUCGAGGACACAGCAGUGUAGAAGGAUACAUCAGGGCCCUAACUCGUGGCUGCAGGUGUGUAGAAGUGGACUGCUGGGACGGUGCCAAUGGAGAACCAAUCGUAUAUCACGGACAUACUUUUACCUCUAAAAUAUUCUUUAAAGAUGUGGUCAGUGCAGUGGGCAACUAUGCCUUCAAGGUGUCAGAAUAUCCAGUCAUUCUGUCUAUUGAGAACCACUGCAGCGUGGGGCAGCAGAGAGUCAUGGCUCAUCAUCUGAACAACAUUCUUGGUGACAAGUUGCUAAAAAGCACAUUGGAUGGCAAGGCUCCAGGCAGUCUGCCGUCUCCUGAGGAGCUCAAGGGGAAGAUUCUCCUAAAGGCCAAGAAAAUUGGAGGAUUGGAGGACGAUUUUGGUGGGAUUGUGGAGAAUGGGUUAACUGGAGAGGUCAGUGAUGACGAUGCAGUGGCUGAAAUUGAGGACGACAACCUUCACCGAGAGAGCAGGAAGUCCAAACAGCGUCUGUCCAAAGAGUUGUCCGACUGUGUUGUCUACUGCAAAAGCGUCAACUUCAACAGCUUCAAACACUCCAGAUUACACGCCAAGUUCUACGAAGUCACUUCCUUCACUGAGUCUAAAGCUCGCAAACACCUGAGAGAGGCUGGGGCUGAAUUCGUGCACCACAACACUCGGCAGUUGACCAGAGUUUAUCCCAGUGGUUUCCGAACAGACUCGUCCAAUUUCAAUCCCCAGGAGAUGUGGAAUGCUGGGUGCCAAAUUGUUGCAUUGAAUUUUCAGACUGCUGGUGAAGGAAUGGACCUGAAUGAUGGUCUCUUCAGUCAGAAUGGCUGCUGUGGAUACAUCUUGAAGCCCCCCUUUAUGCGUGAUGAGAAACGGUUCAAUCCUGAGAUGCCCCAAAACCUGGAUGGCUACUGUCCUAUCAGCCUAACCGUACAGAUCAUCAGUGGUCAGCAGUUGCCCAAAGUCAACAUGAAAAAGGAUUCCAUAGUGGAUCCUCUGGUUAGGGUGGAAAUCCACGGAGUUCCUAUGGACCAGGCCAAACAGGAGACCAGAUAUAUUGAGAAUAAUGGGUUUAAUCCCGUGUGGUAUGACACUCUACGUUUCACCAUCCACACUCCUGAACUUGCCCUGGUCCGAUUUGUGGUUGAAGAUUAUGACAAGGCGUCCAGGAAUGACUUUGUUGGACAGUACACACUUCCCUUUAUCUGCAUGCAGCAGGGUUAUCGUCACAUUUAUCUUUUAUCCAGAGAUGGGACCAGUAUUCCCCCAUCCUCCAUAUUCGUGCACAUCAGGAUGACAGGACUGGAAUAAUUAUGCAAAAUACUACGGUAAAAUAGUACUUAAAUGCUUUCUAAUUAUUCCUUUUCGUGUGGUAAAAUUAUCCGCCAAAUACCCAGUGAUUUCUAUGAAUUAUGAAGUAUUUGUAGACUUUUUUGUUGUCUGCAGUCGACUUGAACUUUGUAUUAGAGUAUGUAAUGUGUCGGAUGCAAAAAUGUGCCACAAUAAUGUCUUAGUUUUUUUUUUUUCUGUCAGUAUUUUUCUUUUUUCAACAAACAGUACUUCUGCAGUCCAUUGCUUUCACUAUGUUCUUUUUCUGCUGAUAUAGAAAAAUAAGUAUAAUGUUUGUCGGUCCUAAAUUUAUAUUUCUUGUCUAAACAAAUCUGUCUCACCAAAGCAGGUGUGAUGAUGCAUGAUUUAAUCAAGAUUUUGUACAGCAGACUGAGUACAAGACUGGGAAUAUUUCAAAACCAAAGAAAAAAUGUGCUGACUUUUUUAUCAAAUUAACCAGUAGCGGCAGAUAUUUUAUAUGUAUCAUAGAUACAAAAAAGCUGGAUGCUAUCAGAAUUAGUAAAUAUCUAACAGGAGCUAGGUAACUCUCAAUUAGCAGCUCAACUAAUUACUAGUUAUUACUAACAGCAUUACUUACUUAUUUCUUAACAGCAUUGUAACAUUACUUACUUACCUUUUAUCACAUAAUAAACCUAUUAUCCUCCUGCACCCAGUCAAUAGGGAAAGGAGUUAAUUUGUCAUCAUGUCAUUCUGUUUUUACUGCCUCAAGCAGGGAAGUUUAGAUAUUUUUUGCAACUUUAUUUAAUGCACUGGAAAGUCAUAUGGUGCAGAGACAGAAACUAUUUGCGAAAAUAAAAUAAAUGUGAUAUAAAAAAAUCCUUAUCAUAUGUGUGACAAAGCUGGUUUCCAUUUACACUAUAUUUAAACUAUAUUUAAACCUUAAGUUAGUCACUGAUAGUUCACCUGACACGCAAACAGGGUGAUAACCGUACCCUGAAAACUGACUUUUAUGUGGAACAGAAGAUCAGGAACCUACAGUACAUGUCAUUCUGUUUUUUAGCACCAAGGUAAUGAUGAGUAUGUAUUUUUACCCUAUAUACAAUUUGAACCUUUUACUGUAUAAAAUUCAAAUGUAUAAUGUAAGGAAUAUAUGUGUGUGUGCGUGUGUGUACAAGUAAAUGUAAGUUCUUGUAUUGUUUAUUUGUAUCAAUUAUUUAGUGUCGGGCUUUUUAAAGGCUAUUGUUAUUAAAGAGAAACCUAUGGGUCUGAUGGAGGUAUUAUUGUUUAUUUUAUGAAUUAUUUUAUGACACGUCUACUUGAAUUCAAUUUGAAAGAAAUCAAGAAAGAAGUAUUCAAUUUUUUAAUAAGCCCAUUAAACUGAUUAUGUGGAUCUGAUUGUUGACCAAGAAAUGUUAAAAAAAUUGGGGGAAAAAAUCAAGUUUGUUGCAGACAGCCAAUUAGAUAUAAAGGUUUGUUUUACCAGGGUAAGAUAUAUAUCUACAUGCUGUGCAUGCAUUUGUUUAUGUUUUGUUGACCUUGUCUGCAUAGAAUGCGUGUUUGUGGAGAUUCCAUGGUGACAGCAGAGCAAAACCUCAAAUAAAUCCAAAAAAUGAAAGAGCUGUUGUUUUCUUUCAGCACUUGUUUAUAUUAUGUCCUCUUUGCUUUUGUCCUUCUUAAUGGUUUUACCUGCUGUCCACUUUGUUCUUUUUGUCCUUGUGUAAUUUUGCUCUAUGGUUAGUUUAUUGUUUUGUUUUAUUCUUUUGCAUUUCGUUCCUUGUCUGAACUUGUGUUUCUGAAUAUAGCAUUUUUUGCUUUAGCCCAUUUUCCCCUCUUAAAAAUAUAUUUUUUAAUUUGUCAAUUUUACCAUUUUGUUUGCAAUUUUUGUCCAUUUCAAUAUUUUUCCUCAGUUGUCAUUUUUUACACUUUUCAAUUGGGAUUUUUUGAACUUGUGUGUGGGUCUUUUGUUACCUUUUGCUGCUUUAGUUCUUCUGCACUUCUUUUAUUUGAUUUCAAUGUGUUUCCUCUCUUCUUUUUGUUUCGUCCAUUUUCUCAAUAUGCCAUUUUCCAUUUUUUGUAUUUUUGUUGUCCAUUUUGUAAUUUAUUUAGUCACUUUGCCCUUGUACGUGAUUCUGAUUUAAAGUUUUGUUAUUGUUUAUAGCGUUUCCAUUCAAUCCUCUGCCCAACCAUUACUCAAUUGUAGAGCCAGGUUUUGAUUACGCUGUUCUUACAGAUAACCAUAUGGGGG